AUGCCAGAAGCAAGGUUGUUUGAUCUACCCAACAAAGAUAUUGAGCCAUACCAUGCCUUCCCAGGCAAAGGUCAUAGCAGAAUCGAGACAGCUUGUGGUCUGGUAGAAUCAAAAUGUCGUCUCCCUAGGAUUAGCAUCUCAGCACAAGCAUCAUCAAGUCUUGCUAGCGAUAAUAAUGCGGAGGAACAUAAAGUAGAGAAGUUCGAAAAACAAUGGGAAGAUGUCAUAAAAGAUCCCAAAUCUGACAUCUCGGUAGAUCAUUAUCCUCUAAAAAAAAGGGAAUACUACUUCAGCAAAGGAUCAGAAGAAUAUGCAUAUAACCACCAUGUAAUCAUCCAUAGUUUGCAGGCCUUUGAUAGAUUACCUGCAUACAGCUCAAAUGUAUAUGAAUGGUGUGCACAGUGUACUUCUUGCUCUUAUAAUAAUUGGCGCAAGCUACAAGCUAUAGCAAUUAAGCUUUUAAAUAAUGCAUUGCAACCAAAAAAUUAUUUGGAUAUUAUUGUUGCAAAUCUACUUCAUCGAAUUCUUCCAUUAUUAAAAAUUAGUGGUUGUUUUCAUCGAGGAGGUGAAGACUCGUUUGCGCAUAACAUAUUGACACCACCUUUAGAUAUUGGGGUGGUCAUCUUUAUGGUUGGAUUCUAUCAAUAUUCCAAAAGGGAUUUUCCCAUCGAUACGCUCUUAGAUAAUCCUGAUAUCAAUUUCCCCAUACUUGAUUCUCACGGUUGA